UUGUGUGUGUGUGUGUGUGUGUGCGUAGAAGUUGAGGAAGUUUGUUUCUCGUCUUUUACAGCUCAACUCAUUCAUCGUGGAAGUCGCGGGAUGAGUGGUCAGACGGACGCCGGGAUUUUGGCGACAGACAUGUUGGAUCUGGAGGAAGACGAAGACUUGGAGGUUUUCAGUCAGAAAUUAUUAACGACGGAUAGGGAUCCAAUGCCCAACUCUCCCAGUUCUCUGGUCAACCAGUACCAACUCGAUGAAGACGAUGAACCACAACUUGUCGGCACCAAAGACUUGUUUGUCACCGUUGACAGUCCUGAGAGUCACGUGACGGCGAUUGAGACCUUCAUCAUGUACCGAGUCAUAACCAAGACCACAAGGAGUGAGUUUGACUCCUGUGAGUACGAGGUGCUCCGGCGCUACCAGGACUUCCUCUGGCUACGAAGCAGACUGGAAGAAACCUAUCCGACCCUCAUCAUUCAUCCUCUUCCAGAGAAGUUUGUGAUGAAAGGCAUGGUGGAACGCUUCAACGAUGACUUCAUUGGGACCAGAAAGAAAGCACUGCAUCGCUUUCUCAACAAAAUCGCCGGGCAUCCCAUCCUGUCCUUCAACCAGCACUUUCAAAUCUUUCUCACUGCCCAGGAUUUCUCAUCUCACAGGAAGCAGGGUCCGAGCUUUUUGAGUCGAAUGGGCGACACGGUGCGAGCGGUGGCCAGCUCGGUGUGGGGCGUCAAGAGCCGUCCGGAGGAGUUCACGCUUAUGCAGGAAUACGUAGAAAACUUCGGCUCCAAAAUCUCGUCUGUUGACAAAGUUUCUCAGAGGAUCAUCAAGGAGCAGCGAGAGUAUUUGGAUGAGCUCAAGCAGUACGGGCCUCUCUAUAGCCAAUGGGGGGACAUCGAAGAGGAUUUGCAUGACCCGCUGAAACUCGUGGCCCACUGUGUGGAGCAAUGCAGUACAGAAACGGAAAAGCAGAUCCAGAAUCUUUCGGAGGUGUUGGUACCUGCUGUGCACGAGUAUGUGCUCUGCACUGAAGUACUAAAGACGGUGCUGAAACGGCGAGACAAUAUCCAGGCGGACUUUGAGACCAAAAAUGAGGCCCUUGCGUCGAAAAGGGCAGACCAAGAAGUCGGUCAGCUGGAGAAAGAAGUGGAUGCUCUGUCAGACCGAAUGGAAUUGGCCAACAAUGCGUUGAAGGGAGAUUGGGUCAACUGGAAGAACAGCAUGAGAGGUGACCUCAAAUCGGCCUUCAUCUCAACCGCAGAGAAGAAUGUGGAAUGCUAUGAAAAGUGCCUUGCGGUGUGGGAAUCAUUUCUCUUGUCUCAAAGAAGUGACCCCAUCGAGCAUCAAGAUGAAGAAACCACGUAAUAAUGUAACAUAACUUCAUGAAUCAAACACAUAAUCGCAAUAUUAUCCUUUUGAAUGACCAAAACAAUGUUGCAUACAGUACUUGUUCAAAUAUUGUAAUAUGUGAUUGUAGAAUGUUUAUACAAUACAAUAGAAGUAUCCUACUAACUUUAUUGAUGUUAGUUCUGAAUAUGGAAUUUUCUACGCUACUUAUCGAAGAGGAUGGCAUGUAAAGGUUCCAGAAACUACUUUGUUCAUAAAAUAUGCCAUUUUCCAUAAGUUUAACCUCCCACGUUUUGUGGUUAAAAGCUCGACUUGUAACUUUUUCACUGCUCGGAUCGUUUUUGGUGAGACCUUCUGCGAUGCAUGACUUGACUUUCUGAAGAAAAAAAAAAAACGAUUAAUAAAUAAGCAAGACUUAAAAGA